CGUGAAGUUGAAUUUAUGUGAAAGGUUGCCUGUCAACGAGGCUAAACAUGCCUCUAUGGUAGACUCGAUUGUUUUUGUCCAUAAAACGCUCUAAAUUUACAGUUUAGCUAGUCGUUAUCAUUUCUUACGAGUUGUUAUGGCAGGGCGGCAACAAGACAUGGGCAUGUCUCUGCUGUCUGUGGUGGAACAGGCCAUCAAGUCCUGCAAAGCUGAACAAGCCAAGAUUAACAAGUCCAUGCAGCUCUACGGAGAUUUCUUGAGGAUUUUAGUGCCUCAACCAAAGAUUGAUGCUCAAGAGCCAGACUUUACUGAGGAUGAUGCUCCAGACACAGAUACCUCACCAGGGGAGAAAGAAGACAUAGAACUGCUUGAGCGAGCCUUGAAGAAAGCCCUACAGGUCCGCACAGGCACAGAUCCAUCUAAAAAAGACUCUGACAGGAACAAACUACCUGCACAUUCAAAGGAACUUUCCACUGCUGCUGUCAAAAGCAAAGAGGCACGGCAGACUUCUGCAGCUUCCAAGGGAAAUCACUCUAGCAUCAGAUCAACCUCUAAAUCUGCCAGCCUUGACAGAAAAGAGUAUAAAACGCCUGGUACAAGUUCGGCGGCGUACUCAAGCAAGGAAGUGAAGAAACUGCAGCAGCAUGUCUCUAAGUCUGCGACCUUCCGCUCUAAAAACAAGACUAUCAGAAGUAACAGUGAAGGCGGCAACACUGCAGCAAUAUCACCAUCAUCUUUAAUGAACAUAGAGCAUUUUUCACAAACAGGGGAGUCUGUAGCUUCCAGUGUGUCUCCACAGAUUGGGAUUAUUUCUGAUCACACAGCCAAAUGGAAAUCCCUCAGGAGCAAGCAAAACAGGUUGUGGGAUAAAGUUGUUACAACACAAAGGAAAGCUGUGCCUGGGAGGAGUCAUUUCAUGGAGAGAAUGAGAGAGAUGUUCCCCGAGGACUGGCCGCACAGCUGCCCAGACCAGACCAGGGCUCUGGUCUACAGACUGACUCACCAAGGGCUUGACCUCGCCCGCCAAUGCCAGACUGAGGAGCUUCUCGCCAGGCAGACAGCAGAAGCAAGAGAGCUGGGUGGUAAGAAAAAUGAGCACAUGUCCUCUCUGAUGAAUAAAAAGUUGCUGAUGAAAGCUGCAGAGCUCCAGAGAUGUGCAGAACAAACCACAAAAGAGUGGGAAGCAUGGGAUCGAUGGAGGCCAGAGGGAGGUUGUCUUUGCCCCAUCGGGGCAAGUGGCAUGUGGGGAGAUGGGAUAAGCGCACCUCUGCCCCUCACUGUAACCUACACAUCAGAGGCAGAGCUCAGAGAGGUGGAGGAGCUGAGGAUCAGGGUGGCUCUGCUGCAACAGGAGAUGAACCUUGAGCAGGCUUUGCUGGACUUUUUUCACCCUCAGCUUUCAACUACAGUGCCUGUGCCUGGCUGUCCCAACGUGAGUGUGCUGAGAGACAUGUACUCCCUGCUGGGGGAGGGAGGGGAACGCUUCCCCACCAUUGUCGUGGACUCUGAGCCUGACUGACUACAGAGCAUGUGACACUGAUUCAUUAGUUUAUUAUUUAAUCUGUGUACCUCCAUUUAUACAAAUAGGAGAAAUGAGAUAUGAAGAGCACCGAUCAGUAUAAUGCAAUCCAGUGCAACAGAAACAGACUCAUACCCAGCUGACACCUUCAGCAAAAACAGAAUCUAAUGAAUUUUAAGACCAUUUAUCUGAUUACUUUGACUGAGCUUCUGUGGUAAAGUGUUAACUCGGUUAGUAGUCAUCCUUGAGUCAAAAUGAACUUGUGAAGAAUUGUUUUAGUAUACUGUGACUAUUAUUUAGUUUCUGAUACCAUGUUGAUUUAUUGGAGGAAAAAAAGAUUGUUUUUCAAGCUUUUCUUCAUCAUUGUUUCUGACUGUGAAAUGCUGUUGAAUGCUCGUUAAGAUGUUCUGUGAAAAAUGUGUGACUCAGGAAACUUCCACAGUUCAUAGGAAUCAAUAAAUCCUAGUUUUCAGCAAGUAUGCAGAUGUGUAGCUUUGACU